AUGGCCCGGCUCAUCGUCUUCUGCUUUGUCUGCAUUAUCUCAGCAGCCUGUGCUACUAUAGCAGAGUACCAGCUGGACUCCCAACCUCUGCUGCCAUGUGAACUUGCAAGAGAAAAGGCCCUCACCGCCGGAGCCCCCUAUAUCCCGCAGUGCUCGGAGGAGGGGCUAUACAGGAAUAUACAGUGCGAUAGAAAUGGCGCCACCUGCUGGUGUGUAGACGCUGAUGGUGCAGAGGUUCCUGGCAGUAGAAGGACCGGCUCGCCAGUAACAUGCUUGUCCUUCUGCCGUCUGGAGAAGCAGCAGGUCUUACUGUCCGGAUACCUGAACAGCACCUCCACGUCCUUCGUCCCUCGCUGCACAGAAUCUGGAGACUAUGACCCCGUCCAAUGUGACCAGCAGCCGCCGGGCGAGUGCUGGUGUGUGGACAGCGAAGGCAUGGAGAUCUAUGGGACACGCCAGAUGGGGGCGCCACUGCAGUGUCCCCAGAGGUGCGCGGUUAGAGAUCGCCGGAUCCUGCACGAUGUCGGUGAGAAGAAUCCCCCUCAAUGCGGCGAGGAUGGCGGCUUCACCCCCGUCCAGUGUAAACUGGUGAACACCACCGACCGGAUGGUGCUCGAUGUUGUGACCAGUUUCAGCAGGUUUCCAAAUACCUUCAAGUCCUUUAAAUCUCUUAGAGAAUCAUUUCCAGAGGUGUCUGGAUAUUGCUACUGUGCUGACGCCCUAGGACGGGAACUUGAGGGCACAGGUCUGGAGAUGCUGCUGGAUGAAAUCUAUGAUACCGUAUUUUCAGGACUUCCCCCUUCGCGGUCAUUCCCAGAAACGGCCAUCUAUCGUAUGCUGCAGAGACGAUUUCUGGGAGUUCAGCUGAUCACCUCAGGCAGAUUCCGAUGUCCUAGAGCUUGUGAAGUUCAGCGCUUUACAUCUGCACGUAUGGGGGAUUUAUACAUUCCAUCUUGUGAAGAUGAUGGGGGUUAUAAGUCUAUGCAAUGCCAGGAAGGGGGACAGUGUUGGUGUGUGGAUUCCAAGGGGCGGGAAAUUUCUGGAUCACGGACUAUGGGAGAAACUGCAAAGUGUGAUAAUUUUGAAGACUGUACUACCAGAAGAAGACAAUCGCUCUCCACCUUGUUUUAUGGAACUAUAGGCCACUUUAGUCAACAAAGUUUGUACUUCACUCAAGAAGAGGAGUCAGGGACAAAGAUCAGCUCCAGAUUAUGUCCCUCCUACUUGGUGGAGGCAUUAAUGAAUACUGGACUCUUGCCUGGCCAAGAUAAAGAAGAUUUGAGGCUCAGGACUUUUCUUGGUGAUGCAAUCCUUGGUCUCUUCACUUCUAAAACACAAGUAAAAUUUGCUCUACAAUUCGCUUCUAACCCCAUGAAAUUUCAACAAACCCUUUUUGGGGGCAAAUUUCUAAAAAAUUUGGGUUCAUUUAAUUUCACUGGUGCAGUUGGUACUAAUAGCAAAUUCAGUUUUAGUGAAUUUUUCCAACAAAUUGGCCUAACAGGAACGUACAGUGGAGGAAACUUCAAAGAACUUGCAAAAUUAUUUUCCUCUGAAGAAGAUUCUUACUUGACCAAAGAUUCAUUAAACUCAUCAAAACCAGAAUUCAACCUCAACCAAUCAAUACAAUCCAGUUUUGGGCGUACAGUUAAUCUACGAGAAAACCGCAACCGUGUUGAAUAUCUUGAGUCGCUCUUGGAACGUAAGGAAUUUUCAACAUUUCUCAGAGAUGUGGUUUCCAUUCCACCCUAUGUUGCGGAAGACAUUUUUAAAGCUGUGAAGAUACUGAUUGAUUCUGAAGCCUGUGAGAAUAGACCAGAUGGGACGUUUGUCCCAAGAUGUACCAAGGAUGGCCGAUAUGAGGAAAUCCAGUGCAGUAUGUCUGAAUGUUGGUGUGUUAAUGAACAAGGUCGGGAAAUUCAAGGAACAAGGACACAAGAUCAACAACCAAGAUGCUCUUCAAAGUGUUUGAGGGAGCGGAAGACUCAAAUAGCUUUCCAGAGGAGCCAAUCUGCUGGGUCAGAUGUGUAUAUCCCGGUUUGUGACCAGAAAGGAAAUUAUUUGACAGUUCAGUGUGCUGGCAGACAUUGCUUUUGUGUUGACCUGGAGGGCAAGAAUAUUCCGGGAACUCAAAAAUUAUCUGGAGAAAAUAUUCAAUGUCCAAGUUCCUGUCAACUGGCUGCCAGCAAUGCCUUUCUACAGGCCACAAGGUCAUGGUUAUCUGUGCCCACCCCACCACUGGAUCCUUUACAAGUGUACAUCCCCCAGUGCUCCCCUGAAGGAGAAUGGAGAACAAUUCAAUGCAGCGGCCCAAUGGAGCAAGCCUUUGAAUUAUACCAGAGGUGGACAAACCAGACUGGAACUGUCUUAUUCUUGGAAACUCUUAAAGUCCUACUGAAGUAUAAGGAGUCUUCUUCUCAAAGGUUUUCUGAUUUUGUGCAGAAUCUUUAUGACAAGGGGUACCAGAAUGUUUUCCCUGCUUUCUCCAAAUUUUCUCACUUUAAUGACGUUCCACCGGAGAUCUUGGAAGGAAACUUGACUAUUUCAUUAUCCGAUAAUAUCCUGCUGAACCCUUAUAUUUUCUGGAGACUAAUCAGUGGCAGUCUUUCCUACUACCCAGGGUCAUAUAGUGAUUUUUCCACACCCCUUGGACACCUGGACACGCGUAGCUGUUGGUGUGUGAAUAUGGAUGGAGAAAAACUUGAAGGAACUGAUGCACCACCCAAUAAGGUUCCAAAAUGUCCUGGGUCUUGUGAAUUAGCUAAAAUGAAGACCUCACAAUUCCUAGAAGACGCCAGGAGCAUUAUUGCUGCAUCAAAUUCUUCCCACUUUCCUUUGGCCUACAGCUUCCUAGUGGCCAGUGGACUCCGCCUGUCCGAGAGAGAUUUGCUGUACACACUGGAUCAGAAAUCUGCAAUUGUGCUAUCUGAGAAGUUCUUGAGUAAAGACGCUUAUGGGCUGAAGCUUGCUGCCUAUUCCACUCUGCAGUUUUUCUGGCAAAGUGGAGCAAAUUCUAGAGAAACCACUGAGUUGUCCUACAUCCCAUACAGCCCUCAGUGUGACGGACUUGGAAACUGGAACCCAGUCCAGUUUUAUCAAGGUUCAGGUCAUUACUGGUGUGUUGAUGAUGAAGGAAGCUACAUUCCUGGUUCCCUUGUGACAAGAACCUCUGGUCCUCCACAGUGCCACACUUCCUGCCAACAAGCUAAGGUGAACUCUCUGGUCUCCAACUGGAUGUCUAUGAAAUCUGCUGCCAUCAAGACCAUCACUUCCAGUCAAUAUAUACCACUCUGUACCGAGUCCGGGCAAUAUGCUACUUUGCAAAAAUCAGAGACCGAAUCCUGGUGCGUGCAUCCGAUAAGCGGCAAAGUUGUCUUACAAGACAUCGAUAGUUUCGAGAACAUCACAUGUCCUGGUCUUUGCACCAUCCGUAAAUCUGAAGAUAGGGUUCUGGGUGGGCAGAUUAUUCCCUCGUGUGAUGAAAAUGGAAACCCCACCCGGGAGCAGUGCGAUCUGGAGAGAAAUCAGUGUGUCUGUGUCUUCACACAUGGUGAAGAGGCUGCAGGAACACAAGUGACCAUGUCCGAAAAGUCAGGACCUAGCUGUCAAGCUCCGCAGUGUCCUUUUCCAUUUGAUGCCCAGGAUAUCCAGCACGGAUCUGUUUUCUGUCAGGAGGAUUUGGAGUCAGGGGAGAAGUCACAGAGAUGUCGUGUUGUGUGUCACAAGGGCUACAACAAUAUGUUCCCCAGUAGUGUAUUCACCUGUGACCCAAAAACUCAACGAUGGACCCCACAGCCUCCUCAUGUCCAGGCCUGUCAAAGGCUGGAGUUCUUCCAAACGGUCCAAACUCAGGCCUGGUUCCAGCUCAUGCUGCCUCCUGGUAAAAUGUGCAUGGGUGACUACGCUGGGGUACUACAAAGCUUUCAAUCUUUUAUAUUGGAUGAUCUGAAAUCACGAGGAUUGUGUGAAAUUCAGAUACAAAGCUUUGAGAGUGACGGAGAAGGACGUCUAUCCUUAUGUGAUGACUCCACGGUCCAUGUUGACUGUUUGUCCUCAAACCGACUAGGAGUGAAUGUAACAUGGACGGCUCAGCUACAACAAAUUCCAGUGUCCUAUCUGCCUAGCUUACAUGACAUUGAAUCUGCCCUUGCUGACGAGGACUUGGUCGGGCGCCUCUUAUCUCUUGUCAGACGUGGCGACUACUCCCUGAAUCUGGAUUCCAAGCUGUUUGAGGCAGAUAAGUCAGAUUUCCUCCCAGAAGACGCCUUCUUGCGGGUCACACUCCAAUGUGCUGACGGCUUCCAGAAAGUUCUGAAUUCCAGGACAGAGGAUAUCAGGGAUGUGGGAGGCUGCGGGACCUGCCCACCUGGAAGUUACUAUGUGGAUGGGCAGUGCACACCUUGCCCUGCGGGAUCGUAUCAAGAAAAAGCUGGGGCAAGUGGAUGCCAGCGGUGCCCGCUGGGCACCACCUCCCUCUACUCUGGAGCCUAUAGCCGCAGCCACUGUGUCACCAGUUGCCGGAGGAACGAGCGAGGUCUACGGUGUGAUUAUCGGGGACAGUUCCUCCCGUCCCAGCGAGAUACUGCAACAAACAAGUAUUUCUGUGUUGACAACUCUGGUGGGAAACUGCCGUGGACGGAAACUGACGUGGAGCUCACCGAUGAUCAGUGCUUGUUGUUGCAGAGAUUUGAACUGGUCCCAGUGGGCAAUCUGAUGGUCAGUAAUGAGGAUUCUGGAACAAAUCAGUCCAGUCAAGUAAAGGAGAAGCGAGGACGACUGGUCGACUGCAUCGCUGAUUGUUCUAUGGAUGAAGAUUGCGACUACCUGGCAGUAUCUACAAAUGGCAGUGGAGUGACAUGUCAGCUGUACUCCGGGGAAGGAUCCGACAUCAUGUGCACCACAGAUAAUCCCACUCCUGGUGCCCUGGGUAACUCUGCAUCCACCACCAUGGACGGCCUCCGCUGCCAGUAUAAAAUAAAACUGAUGACCGUAGACAGUGUUGCUGUAUACCGGAAACGGGGACAAGAGUUUGGUGAUCACGGAGGCUUUACCCGCACUGACUUCGCUAAUGCAUUCUCUGGAGUGUACACUGCAAUGCUUUUCCCAUCCAGUGGUGGCGCCAGUUUCACGGAUGGAUAUUUCACGUGUCGCCAAACGUGCGCUCAGGACUCCUGCUGUGAUGGCUUCAUACUUAGCCGGGUCAUAUUAAAUCAAGGAACCACAAUCUGCGCUCUGCUCGGCUCUCCCGACUCCCUGCUGUGUGCUGUGAAGGACUGGAGUAAGACCUCCCGACUGGGUGGAGAUGGAAUCUGCAGAGGAGUGAAGUCCAAUCCCGAGCAGAAGAAAUUCUCUUUCUUCUUAGGAGGACAGGAGUUCUCUGGAAGUUACUUGCUGUUAUCUCAGAGCAUCGGGAUGGCAGAUUACUCCACAGAACUGAGUCAGGAGAUGAAGGCAGACAUUCAGGAUCUCUUCUUUGCCUUUCAGCGGGUUUUCCUACGUAAAGAGAAGACACGGCUGAACAUUUCUGGAUGUCCACAGGUAGAGACCAGGAGCAAUGCUACCAGCUUUUCAGCGUCAGCCAUUAAACGCUUCCUCCCAGUAAAGACUGAGGACGUCGCUGUUAACAAAGACAUUACAGGGUCAAAUAUAGAAUACUGGAUAUCUAAAGAUUAUUACUCAUCUGACCGAGCCUUGUCCUGGUGUCUGACACGUUGUCUUGAAGAAGAGUCUUGGUGUCGUCUUGCAGAUUUACGAGACAGGCCGCUGGAAUACUUUUCAUGUCUCCUUUACCCGGACAUGUGGAAUUGUAAUAAUCUCACUGACCGAGCUGCAGAUCAUUGCGCCAUUGCUCUGAGCGAGAAGCCGCAGUCCCUGCAUCACAGGAGAGAGACCCUUGGUGACAAGGUGAAGCAUUUCUACAGUCUCGUCCCGUACCGGACCCUGAGCGAGGUAUCUGUGAGGAACAGGAUAACAGUGACCGGGACAAGUGUAUCCAAGGGGUUUUUCCAGUGUGAGCUGCACUGUGAUGCGGAUCCGUGUUGCACAGGAUUUGGAUAUGUUCAACAAACUGGUGUACAAGGGGAAGCGAGGAUUUGUUUGCUGGUGUCCAGUUUGGGAAUACAGUCCUGCGCGGAAGCGGACGGUGACUCUUGGCGCGUUUCCAACUGCAGUCUACCAACCAACGGGAUAGAAGCUUUGCCAUUUGGCUGGUACCAGAAGCCAGGUGACCAGAACCCAAUUUCCCCCACUCUGUGCCCAUCUGCUAAUAUCCUCCCCACUGCAGAACCAGAAGCCCGUCUGGACAGAUGGAUCGCUCUGGACGUCUCGUCUGUGUCCCUUGAUCCUUCCCUCUCCGAUUAUGACACUGUUCAGAUUGACCUGAGUUCAGGGAUGACGCUCCCUUCUGCUCGGAGCUAUUGUCUGUCAGUAUGUGACCGUGUCGCGUCCUGCGUCACCACCACCGUCAGCGUUCGGCAAAAAAACGUAAAAUGUACAUUUUACCCAGAAACACAAACCUGCCUUUAUAAUCUGAGAGGGGCUCAGUGCCAGCUUCUGGUCCGAGAACCAGCAACCGCCAUCUACAGGAAGAAAGCUUCUACACGUCCUGUGACCUCAUUGACCAUUUCACAAGGCGGCAUUGUGGGCCAACCUGGAUCCAUUUUCAUCGGUUCUGAUAUGAAGUAUGUGAACCAGUUCCUGGGCAUACCUUAUGCUGCGCCACCCACCAGUGAGAACCGUUUCCGCCCCCCUCAGCCGUAUACCUGGACCGGCACAUGGAAUGCCACCUUCAUCAGGCCCAGCUGUCUACAACCCGGGGACGGGAAGGCUCAGUAUUCGUCUGUUAGUGAGGACUGCUUGUACCUAAACCUGUUCGUUCCGCAAAAUUAUAGAACAAACUCCCCCGUUUUGCUGUAUUUCCACAACAGUCCCAAGGACUACGCUGAAAGCGGCCAGACGUUUGUCGAUGGCUCUUACCUGGCAGCCAUAGGGGACAUCAUUGUGGUCACUGCAAGCUACAGAGUUGGCGUCUUUGGUUUCUUAAGCUCAGGUAACACUAUGCCCAAUGGGAACUGGGGUCUUCUCGAUCAGUCUGCAGCUAUGAAAUGGAUCCAGGAAAAUAUUGCUUACUUUGGAGGUGACCCAGAGCAGAUCAGUAUUAUCGCUGACCGGGCAGGCGCUGACCUCGCCAGCAUUCAUUUAUUGUUACCAGAGGCAACACCUAUUAAAAGAGCUGCGCUCAUGGGGGGCUCUGCCUUUUCUCCAAUGUUACCGGUGAGUGAGAGAAGAGCUCGACAACAAGUUCAAUCUUUGGCGGUGGAAGUGGGAUGUCCGUUUGCUGGUGGUGAAGAGACCUUGUCCUGUCUACGUAAAGUAGAUGCCAACAUCCUGAACGCAGCACAAACCAAGCUUCUCGCUGUACAAGGACCAUUUCAGACUUGGGGACCAGUAGUUGAUGGUGUUUACCUCCGGGAUACAUUGUCAAACUUACUACAGCAGAUUACUACCCAACAUAUAGACCUGCUCAUUGGAAGCUCGGAGCAUGAUGGAUUGGUCAGCAGAUCUAUGGCAAUUAAGAGGUUUGAAGAAGCUGAAGGAAGAGGUGAGAGCAAGAUGGCGUUUUACCAGGCGCUCCAAAAUUCAUUAGGAGGAGAGGACAUGAACCCGCUGGUCCAGGGGGCCGCAGUGUGGUACUACUCUCUCCAGCAUUCCUCCGAUGAAUAUGCCGUCUUUUCCAGAGCCCUGGAGAACUCUACACGAGACCAUUUUAUAGCUUGUCCAGUAGUGAGGAUGGCCAAAUACUGGUCUGAGAAUGGGAAGGGCCAUGUAUAUAUGUAUCAUCUUCCUGAGACCUACUCCCAAGGCAGUCUGGAUCUCCCUGAAGAUAUCAUGUACGCUUUUGGAAUUCCCUUUCACUCAAACUAUAGAAGUCAGUUUUCUCCGGAAGAACAGACUCUUUCCUUACAGAUUAUGCAAUACUUGGCCAACUUUGUGAGAACGGGAAACCCCAACUUUUCUUACGAUUUUUCAAGAAAAAGGAACAUGGCUUUACCGUCAUGGCCGGAGCACCGGGUGCACGGAGGUGGAGACAGAUAUAAAGAAUUUACAGCCCUCUUACCAAAUCACCAAGGGCUGAAAAAAGCCGAGUGUUCAUUCUGGAAUCAGCUCAUCCCAGUCCUGAAGUCAUCUGCAGGUUUACAGUCUGGAACCAGGAUCGGCAAAAAUAGCACAGAAAGUGGAUUACCAUCUGCAGUGACAGAAGCCGGCCGGAAAGUAGACCAAGGCUCCUACGCCUGAUAGACGUGACGUGAUCCCGCGUCCUAUUACAUACCAUCCAUGCCCAAAUUUGUAAAAAGCAUCUCCGUUCUCUGCGCUGCUUCUUCAGACGCAACGAAAUCCUUCUUUGUGUCUCUUAUUACAAUAAAGUGGU